UUCUUUUCUCUUCUUAUUGUUUAUUUAUUUGCAUGAAACCCUUUUCUCUAUACAGUCAAUUGAGUAUGUCCAUCAUAGAAUAGUUCCAUGAUUCUGUUCGAUUUGUCUCAAAUUCAUAUAAUCAUACUCAUAUUUGCUUGCUGUACCAUACAUAGAAGCUAUUUUAACUCUGACCAUGGUCAUGGUUUCAUGUUCAGAUUAACAGAAGAGGGUUGUAAUAGAGUCCACCCAAACUAGUUUGAGAUUAUGGCUAAAUUGAUUAAUGGUAGGGAUGCUCUUUUAUUUUUCCAAUUAUGAGAAAAGGGGUUCUUGAAAAAGAAGGUUUCCUCUUUUUUAUUUUUUUAAUUGAAGCAAAGUAAUCAACUUUAUUUGCUGGUUUGAUGGAUUUCUUUUUAUUCUCUUGUAGCAAAAGUUACUAUAGUUAUCCCCAACUAGUUUGAGAUUGAGGCCAACUGAUUUAUAGUAGGGAUGCUGUUUUUUAUUUUAGUUUGGAGUAAAUGAAUGAUGGGUUGGCUAAGUCGGUUGUGUCGCUUCUUUAGAUAUCAAAUUCAGUAGGUGUUCUUUCUAUAAGUUGAAAGAAAAGGGUGUUCCUGAGAAAAGGGGGUCUUUUUGUAGUAAAGUAAUCAACUAUAUAUGCUAUAUUCUUGAAUUUCCCUGUAUUACUUGCAGUUGAGUAAUAAAGUUGGAAGAAAAUGAUAAAAAGGCGAUUUUACAAGCUUGAACAUGGUGAUAGAGAUGCUCCUUCGGAGUCUUCUUCAUCCGAUGACUCUGAAUUUGAGGCAGAGGCAUCGGAAGAGGAAGCGGAGUCGGAGGAGGAGGAUGAUAAUAACGAUGAUGAUGCAAAGGAAGAGGAGGAUGAUGGUGUUGCUCGACUGACAGGGGGAAACGAAUCUUCUUCUGGAUAUGAGAGCGAAGAUAGCUCUGCCAACGAAGUUAAUCUUGACUCAUCAGAAUUACCAUUGGUAGGUCUUCCAACGAGUGAUGAAGAUGUUACAACUCUAAAGGACACCAAGUUUGCUGUUGAAACUUAUUCGUCUGAAAAGGUUAUUGCAGAAUCAGAUAAUAUGCAGAAUAAUUCUCUGCCCGAAGAGAUUCCAAGUGAUGCUUCAGAAUAUGUCUUGAAAUGUAAAUCAGUUUAUAAGUGCAGGGUGUGUCCUAGAAUCGUCUGCUUGACAGUUCAGACUCUACUUGCUCAUCUUACAUCCAAAAGGCAUGCCCGCUCCGUAAAGCUGCUGAAAGAAGGGAGGCUUAAACUUAUGCUUUCUGAAAAAGGAAAAAUUGAAGGAGAAAUUCUUCCGGAGGAGGAGGAUAGCGCAAUUGCAUGGCAGGACCCUUCAAGAUUAAAGAAGAAAAGCAAAGGAAUGAAGAGGCAACUCAGGGAGAAGAAGUAUAAGAAGAAUAAGGAAAACUUUUUGCCUGCGGAGAAUGCUAGAGAAUCAAGAAUGAACCAGUCCAGGAAGAGGCAGAAAAACAAGUGAAGAACGUAGUUAGAUCUUGCUAUAUAUGUGCUGACCAGGAAUUCUUGCUACAAGAAGUUAGAAGCAAAAGGAACUACAUGUCUGAUAGGGCUGGAAUUAGUUGUGAUUGCUCGGCAGUGUCACCCAAAAUAUCACAUUCCUUUUUUCAAUUUUUGAUCUAAGAGCAAUUUUGUACUGGGCUGUUGAAUCUGAAGCUUUGUUUUUCUAGCAAGUGCAUUACAAAGAUAUCCCCUGCACUUCAAAGCUUUUUGGCAAAUCUGUUCUGUAAAAUGAAACUAAAUUUCAAAUUUAUAUUUCUGUGAA